AAGAAGCUUAGAGGAAACACCUACUUGGGCUGUGGCUCUUGUUUGCUUUGUCUUGCUCUUAAUUUCUAUUUUCAUGGACCACAUCUUCCACCUCAUAGCAAAAUGCUUGAGGAAGAAGCGCAAGAAAGCUCUCUACGAGUCACUUGCAAAGAUCAAGUCUGAGCUUAUGUUAAUGGGGUUCAUAUCGCUGCUGCUAACGGUGUUACAAGGUCCAAUAUCGAGGAUAUGUGUACCAGAAAAGCUUGCUGCCACAUGGCACCCCUGCAAUCAUCAACAAGAGUCAGAGGACCAUCAUGUAUUUUUACUAGCACCUGGAUCAUCUACUCAUCAAUGUGCAGCUCAUCAGGGUAAAGUGGCGCUUGUAUCAGCUCAAAGCAUUCAUCAACUGCACAUAUUUAUCUUCGUGCUCGCUCUUUUUCAUGUUCUUUACUGCAUAUUUACUCUCGCUUUAGGCACUGCAAAGAUGAGAAGGUGGAAACAAUGGGAAGAGGAAACAAAGACACCUGAGUAUCAAUUUUCACAUGAUCCUGAAAAGUUCAGACUUACGAGGCAGACUUCCUUUGGGAGGAGACAUUUGAGUGUGUGGACCGCAAAUCCUAUUCUCAUUUGGAUUGUUUGUUUCUUCAGGCAGUUUGUAUGCUCAGUACCUAAAGUGGAUUACUUGACCUUGAGACAUGGGUUUGUCAUGGCACACUUGGCACCUCAAAGUCACCAGAAGUUUGAUUUUAUGCAAUACAUUGAAAGAACAUUGGAAGAGGACUUCAAAGUUGUUGUAGAAAUCAGUCCUCCAAUCUGGUUCAUCACAGUGUUGUUUCUCCUGUUUCACACGCAUGGGUGGUACUCUUAUCUGUGGAUGCCUUUUGUUCCUUUGAUUAUAAUUGUAAUAGUUGGAAGCAAGUUGCAAGUGAUAAUAACAAAGAUGGGUCUUAGAAUUGGAGAAAGAGGAGACAUAGUAAAAGGCACACCGGUGGUGCAGCCUGGUGAUGACCUCUUCUGGUUUAAGAAGCCUCAACUUAUGCUCUACCUCAUUAAUUUUGUACUCUUUCAGGUCAGAGAGUAG